GUGUUGUGCCUCCGCAGGUUUGGAAGUUAGCGACUGGAGGGGUGUGAUCAGAGUACGGUUUUUUCCCCCUUCUUCCUCGCCCUUUCUCCAGAUCUGUCCACCCUUUGCAGCCUCUCUUCCCCAUCCUUGACCACCUCAGGAGCUCACACUAGAAUUUCAUUGAGGAUUUUUGCGUGAAGAUUUAUUCCUUGGAUAGAUUUGGCAUGGCAGAAAGGUUAAAGAGAAGUACCCUUGGAAAGUUCUUCUCUGAGAAGAUAAAGAAGGUAGUGGAAACAAGCCUCCUGAGCUUUUCCGGCCUUAAAUGGCUACAGAAGCAAGAAAGCCUUCAUCCCAAUCCCCAUCUGACCAAGCACCUGAAGAGGACCUUGUAAUUGUCAAGGUAGAGGAAGAUCAUGGUUGGGAUCAGGAAUCUAAUCUGCAUGAUAAUAACCCUCCUGGCCAAGAGCUGUUCCGUGUGCGCUUCAGGCAGUUAUGCUACCAGGAGACAUUAGGACCCCGAGAAGCUCUGAUCCAACUCCGGGCACUUUGCUAUCAGUGGCUGAGGCCAGAUUUGAACACCAAGGAGCAGAUCCUGGAGCUGCUGGUGCUGGAACAGUUCUUGACCAUCCUGCCUAAGGAGCUCCAGACUCUGGUUAAGGAACAUCAGCUAGAGAGCGGAGAGGAGGUGGUGACCCUAUUGGAGGAUUUGGAAAGGCAGAUUGAUAUACUAGGACGACCAGUUCCAGCUCGUGCACAUGGACAUAGGGUACUCUGGGAGGAGUCUGCAGCAGAGCCUCCCAGUACUCAGCUCCAACCUGUGGCAAGCCAGCACAAAUCUCCAGACCCCCAAGGGCCACAAGAGAGAGCCACAUCUGCUUCUCAGAGUCCUGUCCCUUCCCAGAAAAGAAACUCUGGAGACCAGGAGAUGGCAGCUGCACUUCUCACAGCAGGGUUCCAGACUUUGGAGAAGAUCGAAGAUAUGGCUGUGUCCCUUAUCCGAGAGGAGUGGCUUCUUGAUCCAACACAGAGGGAUCUGUGUAGAGAUAACAGGACAGAGAACUACAGAAACAUGUUCUCCCUGGGUGGUGAGACCAGGAAUGAGAACAGGGAAUUAGCUUCAAAACAGGUAAUAUCUGCUGGAAUCCAGCCACAUGGAGAGACAGCUGCCAAAUGCAACGGGGAUGUUAUCGGGGGUCUUGAGCAUGGAGAAGCCCAAGACCUUCUGGGCAGAUUAGAAAGGCAGCGGGGAAAUCCCACACAAGAGAGACGACAUAAAUGUGAUGAAUGUGGGAAGAGCUUUGCUCAGAGCUCAGGCCUUGUUCGACACUGGAGAAUCCACACUGGGGAGAAACCCUAUCAGUGUAACGUGUGUGGUAAAGCCUUCAGUUACAGGUCAGCCCUUCUUUCCCAUCAGGAUAUCCACAACAAAGUAAAACGCUAUCACUGUAAAGAGUGUGGCAAAGCCUUCAGUCAGAACACAGGCCUGAUCCUGCACCAGAGAAUCCAUACUGGGGAGAAGCCGUAUCAGUGCAAUCAGUGUGGAAAGGCUUUCAGCCAGAGUGCGGGCCUCAUUCUACACCAGAGAAUCCACAGUGGGGAGAGGCCCUAUGAAUGUAAUGAGUGUGGGAAAGCUUUCAGUCAUAGCUCACACCUCAUUGGACAUCAGAGAAUCCACACUGGGGAGAAGCCCUAUGAGUGUGAUGAGUGUGGGAAAACCUUCAGGCGGAGCUCACAUCUUAUUGGCCAUCAGAGAAGCCACACUGGGGAGAAACCCUACAAAUGCAAUGAGUGUGGGAGGGCCUUCAGUCAGAAGUCAGGCCUUAUUGAACAUCAGAGAAUCCACACUGGAGAAAGACCCUAUAAAUGUAAAGAAUGUGGGAAAGCUUUCAAUGGGAACACUGGCCUCAUUCAACAUCUGAGAAUCCACACAGGGGAGAAGCCUUAUCAAUGUAAUGAGUGCGGGAAAGCUUUUAUUCAGAGGUCGAGUCUCAUUCGACAUCAGAGAAUCCACAGUGGAGAAAAGUCUGAAUCCAUAGGAGUUUAGCAAAAGCUUCAGUCAUAGUUUGAACAUUAUUUAGCACUAGUGACACCACAUGCUGGUGAGAGAUCUUUCUGUGUAGUAAAAAGGCAGAAAGUUUGUCACCAUUACAACUUUAGUGUCAGAAUCAGUACUGGUGGCAAAGUUAGAAUAGGUCUUCAGUAGUUUGGGCCCGGUGCAUUGAUGCAGGUUGAUUGGAUUAACUAGUGGGAGGUGUCUGAGGAGUGAAGCUCCCAAUGGCCUGAUAUAUCCUGUAGAAACUUAAAAUAGCAUUAGCUGCUUGCCGUGGCUCAAGGCACUUAAGUCUGUCUUUUGGGUGAGUAGCUAUAGUUUGGGGAGAGGCUGUUCCCUCCUAGCUCCUCUGCUUCUUCCCAUGCUUUGUGACUCCUUUCUCCCAUUUAUUCCCCUGAAGGUGCCCUUGUGGCCUUCCUAUGAUCUAAGAGGCUUCUGUAGAGUUCUAAGCAGCAGCCUUUGUGUGAGACUUACAUUUGUAUUUAGCUUUCUAAGAUCCUAGUUGUAGGGAAAUUUUUACAGACAUUUAUGAUUAAGUGUACAUUUUAUUUUAUUCUAAUUUUCCUUGUAGUUGGUGGAAAUCCAUAUUUCCAUGCAAACUCAGAAUGCUGUAUUUUUAACAGCACUCCAGCAUUUUUCUUCAUAUAUCACCUUCACUGACUCCACUGAGUCAUUGAACAUCUGUAUCCUUCACCAUUCCCAGUCCCAGUACCUGUGUCAGCAAAGGAAGUGGACGCAUUAGUGAUGGUUGUGGGAGUGAUGCAGAGAAAGAGGUGAGUGGAGACUCAGCCCGGCUGCUCUUGAGCUUGGAUGGUUAUACCUUUGGUGACUUCUGACUCUCCUUUCCACGUCCCCACUAUAAGCCAUGGUACAAAUAGAUAAUUGCACCAUCCUAUUUAUGGCAUCACACGGGAGAAAGAGAAGACGGAGGUGCUUAAAGAAGACAUUAAAAUCCAUGCAAAGAAUAUCCCACUAUAGUACUGCUCUCUCAGGUUCCUGUCAGCCUGCACAAACCACCUGACUGGAUUUUCUGUCACUCUUGUCAUUACCCUGGACCCACUUCCAGAGAUGGCCUUAGCAUCUCAUUCAUCAUUCUCUGUUCUGUUUCUUGCCAUUACCAUUAUAACUUUAUUAUCCACAGAGAUAAUCUGUCAAACAUCUUACCUCAAAUUCCUCAUUCUUCUAAAUUCUGGUGAACUCCAUCUGUAAUCUGUGUCUGUAAUUUACCAGCAAAGAUACACUAUGAAUCUCAUCAUCACCAGGUACUAUAUUUCAUCUUGGAGGCUUUCAGUAUACCAAAGGCUACUGUAUAAAGUGAUGAAGCUGGUUUAAAGUAACACACCAGAACUAUGCAUCCAAAAAUGGGUUGCCCUUUAAAAUUGGGCAGUUCUAGCACUAUUUAUUUGGAAUACUGCCAGAAUUCCUUGUUUCAUAAACAAUACAAGAAAAGUAGUUCUAUAACUCUUGAGUCAGAUCUCAUUUUUAACUGUUUGAUUACUCACUUUUUCACCAGACUUGGAAUCGAGUAGCUUUUGGUUAUUUUCAAAAUCAAAUCCACUCUCAAAAUUGAAAUUGAUUCUGUUAAGCACAUUCAGAAGAAUAUGAUAUAGGUUCUGAAGAAAAUUCCAAGAGAAGUAACCCAAUUUCACAUUGUGACUGUAUGGGACAGCACUUAUUAAUCAUGCUAUUUUAUGAUUGGUGUUUUUAAAAAUCAGUCAUGAAAUUUUAUAUCAUAGAGAGCCACAAUUUGGAUCAUAAGCUGGUUCCCUGUAACAUCCCUCUCAUCCCCAUCUUGACCAUUAAGAUGAACUUCAAUGUUACCUGUUUGAUUAAGCCAUUGGUACUCAGCUGUGACUUGUAAUUCUUGGUAAACUUUUUCAAAAUAUUUCUUUCUAUUAUCCUUCAUUUUCUUACCUCUUGUUCUUUUUUUUUGACCUAUAGAUUACGAUUCCUAAUUCCCUUGUACUUGAAAUUUGAAGAAACCAGAAACAAAUCUAGUUGUCUCUAGAUCUUUGCUAUCCUGCUUCAUUUGUGCCUUACCCUCUGUAAGAUAACUUCUGCCUGGGGCUGGUGCUACCUUGUGUGCACAUAUUACAUAGAAUGGGUACGUUGUCAGAGGGAGAAUACACGCGUGCAUGUGCUCAUACAUAUAUACAGGCGUGUGCAUACUUCAGAAGAGCAUUUGUCUUCAAUUCCUAUAAAAGUUAUUUUAGCAGAGCAACAUUGAAAUGAGUAUAGAUGUACUAGCUAAUGUCUCUUUAGAGAUCAGUACCCAGAGUACCGUGUAGCCAGAUUACUUAAAUCUCAAAAUUAUCAAGAUUCUGAUAGAAAUUCAGAGAAAGGAAAUCAAGAAUAUGACCAGAAAGAUUAGUGUUAUCCUGAGGUGAAUGUGAGAAAAGACUAUAACUUGAAAGAACUAUCAAGGCUGAUUCAGCACAUGUAUAGAAAUAGAUAAGUAGGAUAAAACAGUAGAACAAGGCUGUAGUUUCUUUCAGGGCAUAAGUAGAAGUUUAUUCAUGGUCCCUGGUUCUCACUCUUGGCGUUAGAAUAGCAUUGAUGAGACCUUGUUUUGAGCCCCUAACUAUAUAAAUGGUUCAAAUUUUAUUUUACCUAAACAUACAUGCAUUAAGCUCCUUUAUCCUACAGGAUUUUUUUUCUUUUUUUUUUUUUUGGCUCCUAAUCUGAAAUGAACUAUUCACCAGCUACUUUCUUCUGUCGUCUUCAGCUUCGUGCUUUAGGACCUGGUAUGAUGAGGUGGUUCUUCCACAACUCUUGCCAUCUAGCACAAUCCUAGGACAGUUAUCUUAGGAACAAGGUUUUAUCUAUGGAACAAGGUUUCAGUGCUAGAAUGUGGUGGCUAAUUCCCAUAAGGAGAAAAUAUUUUUGCUCUUAGUUCUGAAGCUCCAGAUAAUGAUAAUUGUAAUAAACCAAACCCACUGCCACUGAGUCAAUCCUGACUCAAAGCGACCCUAUAGGACAGAGUAGAACUGCCCUAUAGGGUUUCCAAGGAGCAGCUGGUGCAUUCAAACUGCCAACCUUUUGGUUAGCAGCAGCCAAGCUCUUAACCGACAUUUAUUGAGCACCUACUGUGUGCCAAGCCCUAGGUUAAACAUUUCUCAUGCUUAUGAUAAAUAUUAUUCUCAUUUCAUAGAUGAGGAAACUAAGGCUUAGAGAGUUGAGAGAGUCACACAGCUGGUAAGUGAUAGAGUAAGGAUUCUAACCUACACAGUCUGAUUCUAGAGCCUGUGCUCUUGACCACUGUCCUGUACUAUCUCUAAUGAACACUCUAACCCUGGCCAGCUGUUUUAAAAAUAUGUAUCCCGGGUCAUAAGAGGUACAGGGGAAGAGAAUGUAUAAUACAGUGCAACUCCAUUAGAAUUACUGGAAAAUUGGUUGAAAAUGCCAUUUGGGGUUAUAAUUACAUCUUCAAAUGUUGAUACUUUUUAUGUUUUGGUAGUAUUAGAAAGCUAAAUUGUACAAAUAAAACAUGUUUAAAAGAGUAACUGGGAACAGAAAGCAAUAACUUACAGAUUCAAAUAUAUUUUUCUCUAAACUGCCCAAGGGAAAGUAGAAUUGUAGAUAGACAUGAAAUAUUAAUGUACCAAGGCAGGCAGAUGAACAGUUAGUAUGACAAUACUAAGUUCAUCUACAGUAUAAAAUGUGAAAAACCUUCAACCUCAUUGCCCAUUUCUAACUACCAUUCUGUUUCUCCCCUAUCAUUACUGUUUUUUCAACCCCAUUUCCUCAUUAAUCUAUCCUUAAAACUUUUCCUCAUUGGAGUUCAUAACCAGCACUCUUCUGAAAUGUCCUUAGAAUCGUCAGUGGAAGAAUUUUAAGGCCUUUUCCUAAUUGUUAACCUUCUUGAUCUCUAAAUAUUUCAUACUGUUCAGUUCCCCUUACAUCUCAGGAAUUCUCCUUUGGGAUGUGGGAUCCUUUUAGGUCCUUUUUCUCCAAUGUCUGGCAUUUCUUCAUUGAUCUUUUUUCUCUUUCCCACUGAGAAUAAUCCCCAUGUCUUAAUUUUAUUCACUACUUUUUCUGUAUUCACUUUUAUUUAUCCAUUUUUAUUGGUUGCACUUACCUUCUGUAUUUGAGUAACUUAAUAUUUCCUGCCUUAUGGAUCAUCUUGAGACCUGUAGAAUUUUCCACAGGUACCUAUACAACUUGGUAUUUGAAAAAUGAACUCAUCACUCUACUUCCCCAGGCCUCAUUUGCCUUUUAAAUAGGUAUCAUUGCUUAACUUAUUUACUCUGAACAGAAUUUAUUAUUACAAUCUUGGAGUUGUCUUUUCAUCUUUUGUGCCUUCCACUCACUAUGUCCAGAAUCUUGCUAAACUGAUCCAAUUCUUAGUCAUUCUCCUUGAGGCUAGAUCUUUUACAUUUGUCCCAUCCCCUUGUUGCCCUCCUUGCAGAUCCCCAUCAGCUGAGAUCCAGGUUAUUGUAAUUCUUUAUUUCCAGUUUCCUUACUCUCAGGAUCCUCAUCUUGCAUACAGCUUCCAACAUGAUCAUUCUCUCUCAAGAACGCCUACCAAAUAAUUCCUGUUAGAACAGUAGUAUGCCAAGUUCUCCAUUGCAUUGCUCUCCAUGCUUAAUCUUCCUGAACACUCAUAACACUGUAGCAUAGUCACUUUGAUUCAUCAUGUUCAAACUUCCUACGGCCUUCCACUGUUGUCUUACAAGUCUUUGCCUCUGUGCCUUUCUCAUGCCGUUCCUUUUGCUUAAGGAUUGCUCUUUGGUGCCAGCUCAUGUUCAUCGCUCCCUUCAAAGCUUAGCUUCCUUUAUAUCUUCUAAGUGAGCUCUCCCAUACUGACUUCACCUCCCUUUUUCUGUGCUGCCUUAGCACUUACCUUUUUACUUUUUGUUGUACUGUGGUCCAUGCACUUACUAUAUGUUGCUUUGUAAUUAUUUUCUAGUAUUCUGUAUUGUUUUACAUUUGUAUUUAUUUCUGAAAUUAAAUUGUAAGCUCCUUGAGAGCAGGAGUAAGAACUUUUACGUUUGUAUCUCUGUGCCCUAUAGUGCCUAGUAUAAUGCUGAGCACACAGUAGGCAUUUAAUAAAUGUUUGUUGAAUUAUUGUGUGGAUUAUUUAUAGUGUUAUCUACAGAAAUUUUUUAAGCUGUUUUCAAGGAUGUAUGUAUCUUCCUGCCACUUUGUGCAUUCAAAAAGUAAAGACAUAUUUCUAAAGAGUAUAGUAUGUACAACUAAGAAUAAGGCCAAAAAGUCCAACAGUAUAAGAAUAUGGGUGAGAAGCUGAAAUACGAAGCUCUUAAUUUGUUUGACCGGACUUAUUUAUUGGGAAAGAAAGAAAAUAGGAAACAAGACUACUGUGUUAAAAUUAUAAUUGCAAAAGUGCUUGAGAAUAGGCUUUUGUGUCUGGGGUUAGAUCCUUGGUUCCUAACUGGAGAAGUGUGGCAAUAUCUGGAGACAUUGUUGGUUGUCCCAUCAGUGGGGCAGGGUGCUACUGGCCUCUAGAGUGGUUAGAGGCCAGGGAUGCUGCUAAACAUCCUGCAGUGCACAGGGCAGACCCCCAACAAAGAAUUAUCCUACCCCAAAUGUCAGUAGUGCUGAGAUUGAGAAACCCUGGUUUAGAGAUGAAAAACUAGCUUUACAAUUAGAAAAAUUACCUAUGCCAGGCUUUAAGAGAAUCCUAAAUGUGUAUGUAUUUUGUGGUUUGUGUGAUUAUAAAAGAAAGCCUUAAUGUUUGGAGUUCACACCAGAAUGUCAGUGAUAAUGGAACUAGGCACAAUAAAAUUGUUGCUGUUCUAAGAUUGCUUUGAACUUCAGAUCUACCACCAUUUCUGUGCCAAUGGAAGGUGUUGGAAGAGUACAUGUCUAGUUUCAGCCUACCGUAUUUUGGUGUCUUGCCUUAGCUUCCAGAGUAAAACACUGGAGAUUGUCUUUAGCAGGGGGGCUUUAACUUUGUGAUCUAAGAUUUCGCUUUGGGGACAACACAUGACCCUACACAGUCCCUUGAGCAGCCACUAGACAAUAAUUACCAGCUCACUAAGGAUACCACAAGCCACCGUGUUGUUAGAUUGCUGAGUAAAACCCAUUUCUACUUCCAACAUUUUUAACAUGUUAAAAUCCUAGUUAGACAGCUAUGUAGGGAGAAAUGUGAUUUCCUAAAUUAGUUUAAAAAUGGACCUUUAAAAACAGUAGUCUGCCAGCCAGUACACCUCAUGUACAGCCACCACCCUGCUGUCACUGGAGGCUCUGUGUUGCUUUGAAGCUGAACAGGUGUCGGCAAAGCUUCCAUACUAAGACAGACUAGGAAGAAGGGCCUGGCUAUCUGCUUCCUAAAUCAGCCAAUGAAGACCGUAUGAAUCACAACAGUCUGAUCCACAGCUGAUCAUGGAAAUGGUACAGGAUCAAGCAGCAUUUUAUUUCAUCGUGUAUGGAGUUGCUGUGAGUUGGGAGCAGCGGCAUCUAACAACUGGUCUUGUGUAGCUCAAGUAGUACUUUGGCUUUUGGAAGGAUUAACCCAAGUUGAAAAAUAAGUUUAAAUGUGUAACACACUAAAGAAAGAACUGCAUUGCUCUGUUGUAUUUAAUUAUUCAUAGUCUAUAGAAUGCUAGAUUUAGAAGUAACUUUGAGAUUGUUUAAAUCCAUUACUCCGUAAAUGGAGGCCCAGAGGCCACAGGGCUUGCGCUAACAAGUUAGUGGUACAGGUGGAAAUAGAAUCCAGGUUUCUUAAGGCUUUGCCCACUUCUUUUUUGGCUGGUUACUCCCUCAAGUCUGACUCUUGUUAUUGUACGUUCUUAAUUCGUGCCCUGCCAUGGGAUGGGCUCAUUUUUUGUUCCUCCAACUGUAAUGUCUCACUUCAGAAAUAACUCCUUUUAUGGGAUGUGUCCAGACCAGUAUACUGAAUGUGCGGUCUUGAGUUAAAUUUUUCCAUAAAUGACAGUAGUUGGUGAGAUUUUGCACGAGGGUAGUCGUGUUUUGAAAGCCCUGCCCUUGUGUCUGGUUCCUAAUCAAGAGAGCACACAGCGUUGGCUUUUAAAUCCCUAAUAAUAAAGACCAGAGCUCCUGCGGCCUGGUGGGUCCGUUUUAGGGAUCCUUUGGGCCCAUACUAGAAAUGUGGCCUUUACCCAGCUGCUGUCUAAAUGCCAAGAUUCAAGGGUAGCCCUACCCUGGGUGAAACUUCAGAAAGCAAAAAAAAUCCCUGGGUGAGGUGGGAAACUGGAGCCUUGGGAAUGA